CAUGCGCACAAUAGUAUUUUAGUACAACCGCUUGCCUUCUCUCAUUUUGUCAAUUGCGAAUAUAUAUUUUUUAUCAGAAAUAUAUAUAUUCGCAAUUAUAUUGUAGGCUUCUCGAGAAUGAUAGGAAGAUCAAUCAGAGAUAAUAAACGAUAAGUCAAGAACAAUGGCUGCGUCCUUUUCAAUUAGGACACAUUAAUUCGGUGGAUAAAAUUAAAAUUUCACAGUUGUAUCGAAAUUUUACGAAGCCCGAAGAGAGAUGCAAAGGGGAUAAUUGAAGAGUAUUGACAUUACCGACUGUUUUGAUGCAAUAAUUGAUAAUAAUUGAGAGCGCUAGUGCAGCCGUAACAUCCAGCUGAUCCUUGAUGCAACAAUUAUACAAAUUGUAGAAAAAUAUUUAAAUAUGGCUGGUGGAAAAAACAGUCAAAGUGGAUUUCAGCCGGAUUCCGAUGUUCAUAUUACUUUCGAAGAGCAACAAAAAAUUAAUAAAUUUGCAAGGCAAAAUGCAAAGUUGGAAGAUUAUAAAGAAGAGCUUAAAGUCAAGCAGAAUGAAUUGAAGAAUUUGGAAGAUGCUUCCGAUGAAUUGGCUCUUAUGGACGAUGAUGUAAAAAUACCAUAUUACAUUGGAGAAGUAUUUGUUCAUCAAUGUCUUGAAAAGACACUGAGUUGUUUGGAAGAUGCUAAAGAUAAGAAAAAAACAGAAAUUACAAAUUUGGAAAGCAAAUGUACAGAUUUGAAGACUAUCAUGAGCGAUUUAAAAACACAAUUAUAUGCAAAGUUUGGUAGUCGUAUAAAUCUGGAAUCAGAAGAAUCCGACUAAUCUUUUCAGUGAUGGAUUUUUUAUUAUUAUUAUUAUACAUUUAAUAUAGUAUUAAAGAAAUUAUAUUAUUAUCAUUUGCCACACAUUGCAAUUUUUAUUAAAAUUUUUAUUGAAAAAUAAAUAAAGUUUAAGUUGAAUUUUUUCUACAUUUUCUAUGUAUAUAUCUGUGUGUAAUACAAUUUCUCCUAAAAAGUCCA